CUAAUGGCACAUCCUGUUUCGGACAUGAAUUCCAUCAAAGCUAAACCAACCACGCAGUGCCACGUGGUGGCCAUGCCUUCUCCAGGCCGUGGCCACAUCAACCCCAUGAUGAACCUCUGCAAGAUACUAGCUUCCAAAAACAGCAAUAUCCUCGUCACUUUCGUCGUCACCGAAGAAUGGCUUGGUUUCAUCGGCUCCGAUCCUAAGCCCGACAGCAUUCGCUUCGGCACCAUUCCUAACGUUGUCCCAUCAGAGCUAGUCCGCGCAGCUGACAUUUCCUCCUUCACCGAAGCUGUCAUGACGAAGUUGGAAGCUCCAUUUGUGCGGCUCCUUGAUCAGCUUGAGCCUCCGGUUACAGUUAUCAUGGCUGAUACUUUUCUUUUCUGGGCAGUUGGAGUUGGGAACCGAAGGAAUAUUCCAGUGGCAUCGUUUUGGCCCAUGUCGCCGUCCAUGUUCACCAUCAUCCAACAUGUGGAUCUUUUAGUCAAAAAUAGUCAUUUCCCAUCUGACUCAGCAAAAUUUGAGGAGCAUGUAGAUUACAUCCCUGGAAUUUCCUCCACACAACUAAUGAAUAUUCCUUUUGAUGGGAGAAACCAACAAACGACGAAAUGGAUUCUCGAAGCUUUUUCAUGGGUAAACAAAGCACAAUAUCUCUUAUUAACUUCCAUUUAUGAGUUCGAAUCCAAAGUAUUUGAUGUUCUAAAAGCAAAAUUCUCAUUCCCGGUAUAUGCUAUGGAUCAAAUUGUACCUAACUUUGAUUUUGGAGAAAACACAAACCAUAGUGACAACAACUAUCUACAUUGGUUAGACUACCAACCUAGAAGUUCCGUUUUAUAUAUUUCAAUGGGAAGUUUUCUUUCAUUUUCUAGUGCCCAAAUGGAUGAAAUUGCAAUUGGUUUGUGUGAUAGUGGUGUCAGAUUCUUUUGGGUGGCACGUGACGAGACUAGCAGAUUGAAAGAUGUUUGUGGUCAUAGAGGAUUAGUAGUGCCUUGGUGCGAUCAAUUGAUGGUCUUAUCUCAUUCUUCUAUAGGGGGCUUUUGGUCACACUGUGGGUGGAGUUCCACUCGAGAAGGAAUGUUAUGUGGUCUUCCUUUUCUUACCUUUCCCAUAAUCUUUGAUCAAAUUCUAAAUAGUAAGUUAAUUGUCGAAGAUUGGAAAAUUGGGUGGAGGGUGAAGCAAGAUGUGGGAAUGAACAAUUUGGUGUCAAGAGUGGAAAUUUCAAGGCUAGUGCAGAAAUUUAUGAAUUUUGAAAAUGAUGAAGUGAAAGAAAUUAGGACAAGAGCAAGUGAAUUUCAACAGAUUUGUCAACGUGCAAUUGCAAAAGGAGGAUCAUCUGAAACCAACAUCAAUGCCUUCAUCCAAGACCUUUCACAUAGCAUGGUUAUUGAGUAGAAAGUAACUUUUUUGUUCGGCAUGACCAAAAAAUGUCAUGCCUUCUUUGCAGUUAUUUACGAAGUUUCAAGACCUUAACCUUGAUAACAU